GGGAUGCCAACGAAACCGAUCUGAUGGCGGCAAUUAUCCGGAAGAAGUUCGCCGACCCGUCCAACGCUUCGUCGGAGUCGGGAGGUGCGGCGGCGGAGGUGACCUCGCUGAUCCUCGACAACAGGGAGUUCGUCAUGAUCCUGACGACUACGGUGGCCGUGCUGAUCGGGUGCGUGGUGGUGCUGGUCUGGAGAAGAUCCAGCUCCCCCAAGCGGAGCUACCAGCCGCCGACGCCGUUGGUUGUCAAGAAGAAGGAGGAGGAUGUGGUGGUUGAUGAUGGGAAAAAGAAGAUCACUGUGUUUUACGGUACUCAGACUGGUACUGCUGAAGGAUUCGCCAAGGCUCUGGCCGAGGAGGCGAAGGCGCGGUAUGAGAAGGCUGUAUUCAAAGUUGUUGACAUGGAUGAUUAUGCCGGGGAUGACGAUGAGUACGAGGAGAAGUUCAAGAAAGAGUCUAUAGCUUUCUUCUUCCUCGCUACGUAUGGAGAUGGUGAGCCGACUGAUAAUGCAGCAAGGUUCUACAAGUGGUUUACUGAGGGUAAAGAAGCCAGAGGAGAAUGGCUCAAGAUGAAUUAUGGAGUGUUCGGUCUUGGCAAUAAGCAAUAUGAACACUUUAAUACGGUAUUGAAGAGUGUUUUGAGAUGGGUGCCUUGUCCAGGUGGCAAGCGCAUUGCUCCCGUGGGUCUAGGAGAUGAUGAUCAAUGCAUGGAAGACGACUUUUCUGCUUGGAAAGAGUUGGUAUGGCCAGAGCUCGAUGGUUUGCUUCUUGAUGAGGAUGAUCAAUCAUCUGCAACCACCCCGUAUACUGCUGCGGUGUUGGAAUACCGGGUUGUGUUCUAUGACUCCACUGAUGCACCAGUAGAAGACAAAAGCUGGAGUGGUGCCAAUGGUCACGCUGUCUAUGAUGCUCAACAUCCAUGCAGGUCUAAUGUUGCUGUGAGGAAAGAGCUUCACACUCCUCUUUCUGACCGAUCUUGCACCCAUUUGAAAUUCGACAUUGCUGGCACUGGACUCUCAUAUGAAACUGGGGAUCAUGUUGGUGUGUACUCUGAGAAUGUCGAGGAGGUUGUAGAAGAGGCACUGCAGUUGUUAGGUUUGUCGCCCGACACAUACUUCUCCGUCCACUCCAAUAAAGAGGACGGGACACCACUCAGUGGAAGCUCAUUGCCAACACCAUUCCCACCGUGCACCUUGAGAACAGCUCUGACUCGAUAUGCCGAUCUUUUGAAUGCUCCCAAAAAGUCUGCUUUGCUUGCUUUAGCAGCUCAUGCUACUGAUCCUACUGAAGCCGAUAGAUUGAGAUAUCUCGCUUCACCUGCUGGCAAGGAUGAAUAUGCAAAAUGGGUAGUUGUUGAACAGAGAAGUAUCCUUGAGGUCAUGGCUGCAUUUCCCUCUGCAAAGCCUCCACUUGGUGUUUUCUUUGCUGGAGUUGCUCCUCGCUUGCAGCCUCGAUUCUAUUCUAUCUCUUCAUCUCCAAGCAGGAUGGCACCAUCUAGAAUCCACGUGACUUGUGCUCUGGUGCUUGAGAAAACUCCAGGGGGACGGGUGCACAAGGGAGUGUGCUCAACUUGGAUGAGGAAUGCUGCUCCUAUGGAGAAGAGUCAAGACUGCAGUUGGGCCCCCAUUUUCAUUCGGCAAUCGAAUUUCAGACUUCCUGCAGAUACUAAAGUUCCCAUCAUAAUGAUUGGUCCUGGGACUGGACUGGCUCCUUUCCGGGGCUUCCUGCAGGAAAGACUAGCACUCAAAGAAUCCGGAGCAGAACUUGGGCCCUCUAUCUUCUUCUUUGGUUGCAGAAACCGUAAGACGGAUUUCAUCUACGAGGAUGAACUCAACAACUUCGUCGAAGCCGGUGCACUCUCUGAGCUGAAUGUUGCCUUCUCGAGGGAAGGAGCUACCAAAGAGUAUGUGCAGCACAAAAUGAUGCAGAAGGUGCACGACGAUUUCCUCUGCAUUUUUUUGCUCAACGAGUUCAUUAGUGCCACUGUAGAGGAAAAGCUUCAAGAACCGAUGGUCAAUUAG